AAGACAGGAAACACAUACGCAGCAUUAAGCACCAGCACACCACUCGUCAUCACCCAUGACGGCAUGGCACAGAGUGCACACACCUCUAUCCCACUCUGUCUGGGCUCUCUGAGUCCCUCUGUUCACUAGGAGCUGGAGAAGACUGGGCAUUGCUGGAGAAAUGAACACCAAAUGAGGACCGUAAGCCAGAUGACCUGUACGUUCCUCUGAAGGACAGAAGCUACAGCAUGACUCCAGGACAUAUCUGGACUUUGCCGCUUUUGUGGACUGUCAUUCAAACUGAAGCAAAGUCUCAAGAUGUUCAGGUCACCUGUUUCUACGCCAGAGACUGCAUCCUGCCCUGCGUCUUCGCCCCAGUGGGGGGUGAGCUGGUCCGCUGGUACGGUCCUGGUAACAGCCUCCUCGUGAGCAGCGGCCAAAACGAUCCUCAGGACCAGACCUAUGUUGGCAAGGCGGUCCUGUUCGAGGACCAGGUUGCCCUUGGUAACGGCUCCCUCCUCCUCCAGCACUGCCUGCCACAGGACAGGGGGAGGUACAGGUGUCAUGUGACAGGCCAGCAGGAGGCGCCAGACACCACUGUCACUGUCAGAGUGGAGGCUCCUAUGCGCUCUCUGGUCCUGGAGACGAGCAGGCUGAGCGGCUACGAGGAGCUGCUGUGCGCCACGCGGAACGUCUACCCUGCCCCGCGCCUGUCCUGGUCAACGCAGCCGCCCACAGCCAAGGAUGCGCUGAGGCAGACCACCCACAAGAGGGCGACCAAGGGCCUGUACACGCUGGAGAGCAAGCUGAGGAAGCUGAGGAAGCUGAGGGGGAAGUCCAGCGUGACGUACGUCUGCACAGUGACCGCUGCCUACGGGGCCCAGACAUGGAGGGCCUCUCUGAGAGAGACAGAGGUCAGCAGCAUUGAGGGAGGUGACCUCAUGCUCCCCUGCAAGGCCCCUGGAGAUCUGCGCGACUUCACCCUCACAUGGUCCUUCCUGCCCGCGGACCACCCCUUGCUCAUCCUCACGUACAACAGCUCCACCCAGUGGACAGCCCAGGAAUGGGCGGGCCGAGCCCAGCUGGACGGGCUCAGGGUGAAGGCUGGGGACGGAUCCCUAAAGCUUCAGAACCUGCAGAACUCAGAACACUCAGGAACCUACACCUGCUCCUUCAAGGCCCACCGGAACACACACGUGGUCCACAUCAGAGUAAAUGUCACUACAAGCGAGAGGGCAGAGGCAGGACAGGCGUCGUCCUCGUGGUGGAUAGCUGCUGUGGUUGUAGCUGUGCUAGCCAUUACAAUGGCAGCUGUCAUUGGGAUCCUGAAGCUCAGAGCUGAUUGCUCUCAGUCGGAGAAGAGGAUGGAGGAGGCCACUGUGAUGCAGCCCAUACAAGAUAAAACAGACACUGAGAUUUCAUCUGAGAACUUUCAUUUGGCAGACCACCAGAGUGAUGGCCACACAUAGCCCAACUUGUCAGUGUUGUUCUGAGAGAUGAAAAUACUGUUACUAUCUAAAUCGACAUCAACUGGUCCAACUACAAGACUGUGUCUACAGUCAAUGCCAUGAUGGACAAACAAUAAAACAAUAGUGUGGUAAUGGUA